AUGCCGACGAAAGGCUCCAAAGUGAAGCGGGUGAAAGCCGGGAAAGGAAAGAAAGAAGGCAAACAGGAGUCCAAGGCGGACAAAGAGUCCGACGUUGAGAAGGCCAAGGCCAACGCGGCUCUGUGGGAGCUGAGGUUACAGGUCACCGGGCAGUCGCUCACCGAGUACCAGGAGGCCUGCCACAAGCUGGCCCGAGCUAACGAGCAGCUCACCGGUCAGCUGUACCGCGCCGAGAAGGACGCCAUCGACAUAACCGGCCACUGGCAGAGACAGCUGGCGGCCAGAGAGGAGAAGAUCAGCAUGCUGGAGAAAACCCUCGAAAGUCAAGAGGCACUGGCACGUGAAGAGAAGAACAAACUGGAGAGGGACUUGAACAGGAUCCAGGACAGAAUGAAGAUACUGAAGGAGAUGGAGGCCCAGAUGGAGCAGGAAAUCAAUGACCUUGGAAAAAACAUGGAUGAUGCUGAGAAGGAGCACAGGGAGAAUAUAAACAAAAUGACGAACAAAUUCUGCAAAGAAAAGGAACGCCUGGAGGAGGACAUGGUGGUACAAUGCAAUCAAAUGAUGGCCAAGAUGAAGCUGGACCACCUUGAAGCCGUUGGGCAGUUGGAAGGUGCCAUGUACUCUGCAUUCAAGGAGCGAGAUCGUCUCAAUGAAGCACUGAAGUAUCACGUAAAGGAGUCACAGGACCUACAUAAAUUGACAAAUUCUCUGGCGAAGGAAAAUACCUCGCUGGCACUGAACAAGGACAUGCUUCAGAUGACCGUAAAGAAGAACGAAGCUCAGAUGGAGGCUCAGAAUCAGAGGCUCUCUGAACUGAGGGCCAAGGUGGUUUCCCUGGAGAAGGCGUUGGUGCUGAAAGCUGGGGAACUUGAGCUGCAGGAAAAGAAGGAAAAGAUGAACCUGGUCACCAUCCAGGCCAGCCAGGUGGAGCUGGAGAAGCUGCAGAACGUCCUCGCCAUGCGAGAGAAGGAGUUGGGGCACAUCAAGCAGCUCGCGAGCACCAUCGUAGAGAAGCGCAGAGAGCUGGAGGAGUUCUUCCAUGAGGCCCUGGCUCACGUGAAGCAGGAGAUCGAGGCCAGUAGGCUCCAGUACAAAAAGGAGGCCCUGCAGGGUUAUCGCUGGAGAUUUAGAGAAGCCACAGCAGGAAAGAUAAAGUUUCCACCCAUCCGCACCUUCCAUAAAAGUCUCCACAGUACCAACUCUGUGUAUUCAGACAUGGAGGCAGCUGUGACAUGGACUCAUCCUCCAGGCAGCAAAGUUCAAAUCUCAGAUCUCACAUGGGAGCAGAAGGAACAAGUGCUCCGGCUUCUCUUUGCUAAAAUGAACAGACAGAGAGAAAGAAAAGUCGAGCAACAUCUGGCUGCAUCUCCCUCCUCUGAGAAGAAGAGCCUUAUUGACAGUGAUGCUGCCGGAAUUAGAGAGGAGCUCUCCCCAGUGACCAUCAGCACCCAGGCGCCUGAGUCCAUUCUGCCCUCAAACCCCAACAGCCUGCCAGAUAUACACAUCACAUGACCUCUGUGUGGCCUCUACAUCUCACAGAUUGUUUGCCUCUGCUGUGUGUGUGUGUGUGUGAGCGGCAAGUAUAGAAGAAUACAAGAUGUUUGCAUUGACGUGUGACUUGUGAGUACUUUCUUUCAUCAUACAGCCCGUGUGAAUUCUGUUAAACCCACUGAAAGGAUCGCUGUACUUCAAUACAACACUGAUACCAAAACACGC